AUGUCACAGGUGGGCUGGGGUUUGAGGUCGAAGCCUGUGCGGCCGCUUUCUAACGCGCGGCAAGAAAGCAAGUCGGUGAACAGUAAGGAUGUGCUCGAAGACAAGAAAGAUGACAGCGAACUGUGGGAGGCGCAGGCGGCCUUCCUCGGGCCGAACCUGUGGGACAAGACACUCCCCUACGACCCAGAUCUCAAGUACGUGGACCUAGACGAGUUCCUGUCGGAGAAUGGAAUGCCAGGCGAGGCGCUGGGGGGCGGUGCGUUCGGGGCGGGGGCCGGCCUGGCUCUUGGCCUGCAGCCGCCGCUCACCAAGCGCGAACGCUCGCCGUCCCCGUCAGACUGCAUGAGUCCAGAUACCAUCAACCCGCCGUUAUCGCCCGCCGACUCCACAUUUUCAAUGGCGUCCUCUGGUCGCGACUUCGACCCCCGGACGCGCGCAUUCUCCGACGAGGAGCUCAAGCCGCAGCCCAUGAUCAAGAAGUCGCGGAAACAGUUUGUCCCGGAUGACCUCAAAGACGACAAAAAACCAGAUCGCGCUCCGAGCUGGCUAUCUGGAGAAAGAGAACAUGGGCCUGCGACAAGAAGUGGAGCUGCUAAAAAAAGAGAACCACAUCCUGCGCGAAAAGCUAUCGAAGUACGCAGAUGUGUAGGCGGCCGUGAGAUCCGCACAAUACACGCAACACCAUGUGAGAAGCGCCGCCGCCCGCCCUCGGCUCCCCGCCCACCGGGACCUCUUGCCCGUCGGUCGGCCACGUCGCGUGGCGCGCUCGGCCCGUAUUACUGGACCCGCCUCGAGCGAGCGAUCGAACCGAUCUCAAGACAGCGACUAAACCCGGGAGGCUUCUCCAUCGCCCGAGAGCGUAGGGGUCUGCCUGGCCAAGUAGCGGACUCGCGGCACGUGGCGGGCGCCUCCCCUCCCGCGCGCUCCGACCCCGUCCGUCUGUCCCCUCGGAGUGCCGCACGCCCCGCUCCCCGCGCCCCGCGCCCACCCGCUUUCUAA